CCAUUACUAACGCAUGCGCAAUACGGUGCUGACUGAGACCGAUAGUGGUUUGUAAAAAAACAACAUAAAAGCAUUGAUAACCUAAAAGCUAAAGUUUGGUUUCUAAAAUAAAAUAACAUACAUGUGCACAUUUUCUCAUACUUGAAUCUUAAAAGUCAUUUGAAUUUGUAAAAUAAAAAAAUUAGUGAUCAAUCAUUUGAAAUACUGUAUUUUUAAAAUGGCUAAAAAAAGUGUCAAGAAACCUGAAUUGAAAGUUAAACAGAUUUCGCAUCCGAACAGUAGAAAAGCUCAACAGCUUUCAAAAAAGACCACUAAAUUGAUAAAACGAAACAAAUCAAAAAUACAGCAUCAAAUGAAAUUGAAUACAAUUGGAGAAAAGAUGCUUUUCGUGCAAGAAAACGUUGAUGAAAUCAAGUCUUCAGUGUGCACUCCGGAACAAAUUGCUGAAAUAAUUGAAAAGUACCUCAGUAGAUUUGAUGAGGAGCUGGAGCAAAUCGCUUUGAAACACUCGAUUGGUAAAAGAGGCCGUCAGCAUGCAAGUCGAGAAGACGCAUUGAACAUGAUCAAAUCGCAAGAAAAAUUGGAAUAUGAAACUUGUGGAAUAGAGAUCCCAGAUCUCCUGAAUGCCACCCAGGUUUCUAUGCUGAAAGAUUGGAAUGGUGAGAUACGAUUUAUACAAAAUUUCAAAUUAAGAAGGUUUAGUAAACAAUUCCUAUCUUCUCAAUUGGAUAAAACUGAAAAGUCAAAAUCGAAUCCUGAAUUAGAAGCAUCAAAUGAAAAAUCGUUAUCGACUUGUAUGGAAAUGGAUAGUGUUGAAUAAAUCUAUUUUAGUGCA